GUCGGUCAGGCACCAAAGAAGGAAAAAGGAGAUUCCAACUCCAUGAUUUCAUGUUAAGUAAGAAGAAGGAGCAAGAAGGAAGUAGCUAAAGUUUCUAAAAUCCUGAGUUCAAACACAGCAGCCCACUUCUAGCAACAUCCGGAAGGUAUCGUAGAGAAAGUUCGGCAUUGGAACGUUGAAGUUAGUGAGUUAAUCGUCGGAAUCAUGUUCAUCGACAUACCCGAAAAUUCUGGACAGCAACUUUCUAUUGACUUCAGGUCCGAUUUACGCUAUCUUACAUAUGUUAAAACGAAAUACUUUCUAUACGAAAGUUGUAGCCUUACAUCUUAGGAAUCCACAGAAUCAAACGGUUUGCAAUUCCGUGGAGAAACGAUGGAGAUAUGCCCAAAUUACCGCAAGCUGUCCAGUUGUGACGGAAAUGACAAAGUUGGCAAAUUUCGAUGUUGUUUCCACUCCCGCUCAUCCGUAAGGUUUCGGCCGAUGAUUUCCAGGUCUGUACCUUUGCGUUAGACUUGUCGAAUCAUUCAUCACAUACGUACAUGAACAUAUAUGUUAAUCCAUAUGUUGAAAUUAUCCCAAAAUAUAUAUGUGAUACAUAUAUUAGUCAUCUUUGUGUUAAGACCAAAAUAUACCAAAUCCAUAAAGUCAAUAUAUAUAUAUAUAUAUACAUAAGUAUAUAUAAACAUUUGAGAUCAACCCAAAAAUGUAUAUAUUAAUCAAAGGUGUUUAAAAGACUUAAAGAAGUAUUUUUGGACACUCAAAAUAUCAAGAGAAACUUUCACAGACCUAAACGGUCGACGCAAAGGGUCGACCGUCGCGUUAAACUUCGAGACGAACCAGGACUGUCAGCCAAACGGUCGACCGCCGGUGGCUGACGGUCGAUUGCCGCCCGCCGAGCCGAGGACCGUCUUUCUCAGUUAGUCAACAACGGUGUUCCGAGCCCCGUAACUUAUUUUAAUGAUAUUUUUAUCAGAUUUCAUCCAAAUAAAAUAAAGUAUAUUUAUCCAAUCAUGUUGUUUACAAAUUGUUCAUAUCAUGUGAUUCAUUUCAUCUUCCAUAUGUAAACAUAUCACAUCAUGUGCAUGCGCAAGAGAUCAGGUGGAAGUGUGUCUCUUGUAGUUGUGAUUGUGCGGGACUUAGCAGUCCGACAUCACGGACCGGGCUUAGUGUACGUACAUGGUACUUAGUUUUUCGAGUACCACCCCUAUUUCUGCAUGAGUUCAUCGUACCAAAUGGGCGAAUCUCAUAGUUCAAGGCUCGUCCUUGCGUCUUAGAAUCAUGCAUCAUAUUAUCAUCAUCAAGUACAUCGAUUACAUAGGUGUCAUGUAAUCAUCAUCAAGAAAGGGUAUAUUGAUUACAUAAGUAUCAUGUAAUCAUCCUCACAAGCAAAUUGAUUAAAUGUGCCAUCAUGUAAUUAUCAUCAAAAAUUUAUCAUCAUGAAUCAUCAAAUUGACCAUAUGAUAUAAUGUUCCAUAUCAUGAAUAUUAUUAUACAUUUGUGGACGCAUAUAUAUGUAUAUGUAUACGUCUGUGAAUCAUUCUACAAUUCUAGCGUGGUGCCACUCAGCGGUUUCGCUGAGCGUGUAGUUUGUAUUUUUCGUUGACUACACGUAGGUAACAAGAAGACAAUGAUGGAACCAUUCCCGGAGGGCAUUGAGUCAGAGGAGAUGCAAGGAUGGCAGACAAAUGUUUGAUCAACAUAUUUUAAAAAAAGUCAUGAUUUGAUUAUUAUUGUACUUCCGCAUUACUCUGAAAAUAUUUUUAAAUGUGUCGCGAUCCAGAGUCUGUAAAUUUAAUAUUUAUAAUAAAUUGUCAUUUUCAAAUGUCAAGCGAAAUUUUUAUUUAACUCUCGUUUCACCUUAAUUCGUAUAAUUCCGGGUUAUACGGAUUGGGGUGUUACAUUUCAAGCCCGAUAAUGUAUCAAGGGAUGCCUUUGUUUGGUCGAACCGAUAGUGUCAUCGACCUCAACAUCAGCGUCGACGGAGGAUCUUUUCUUGGAGGAUCCGACCUCGGAAUUGUUGAUCGAGUUGUUGCCAUUUCAGUGAAUGGCUUAAACUCCUCCAAAGAUCAAUGUGCACCUUGCCUUGGUGCACGUCGUCUUGAUACUCGAUCGUGGCAAGUCGGAGAAAAUCAGCGUCGUUCGUCCCGCUCCUCCGGGACCGAGCGCAUUCCUCGUAAACUCCGAUAAACUUUUGGACUUUACGAUUAAUGUGGCCCCAUUUGGAAGUGAGUUGGUCCCGAGUACGGUACGAGGCGUCCUUGUUUAUCGCUGUAAACAACUUUUC